GUCAUGUCAAAUGUCAUUAAAUCGUCUAACGGUCUAACUUCGUGCACAACACAUAACCUCUGUAUUUUCAAAAGAAAACUCUGAAUUUAUUUAUUAGUGUAUAGUUUAUUUAUUAUACAUAAUUCGUUUCCUAUUUGACAAAAGUUACCCAACGUUUGGUUAACGAAUUAGAAUAAAGAAUUGCAUUUUCACUGCAGAAAGUAACACAAAGACCUACCGGUUUUUAGUUUAAUUGUAUCUUAACGCGAAGUUUAGUUAAACUACAUCAAGAUGUCAGCUGCUAUGCCAAUAAAUCCAAAACCAUUCCUUAAUGGUCUCACAGGAAAAGCAGUCAUAGUAAAACUAAAAUGGGGCCACGAAUAUAAAGGAUAUCUUGUUUCGGCUGAUGGAUAUAUGAAUUUACAGUUGGCUAACACUGAAGAAUAUAUUGAAGGAAAACCUACAGGUACCUUAGGCGAAGUACUUGUUAGGUGUAAUAAUAUUUUAUAUAUCAGAGGUGCAGAGGAUGAUGACGAAGAGGGAGAAAUGAGGGAAUAAUAUGUAGUUUUAUUUAAUAUUUAAUUUUUUUUGUGUCUAAGUUAUAGUUAAAUAUUAUGCUCAUCCUUUCAUAUUGAAGUGUCAAAACAUUUUUUUUAUUUACAAAUGUGUGGAUGAAACAAAGAACUUAGUGUACUGUGUAUGUUUAUUAACUCUGUUCGUAGCUGUUUUUAUAAUGUUUAAUUUUAUAGUUUGAUGUAUGAUUAAAGCUUGUUACGCACGGGGAGCUAUACUAUAAUUAUAUCUCAUAUAUUGCAUCUCCUAUCGCUCACUAUAGUAAUGGGAGAGCGAUAUGAGAUGUAAUAUAUAUUAUAGUAUAGCCCCCUGUCAGUAACAAGCUUUAUUGUUUUGAAAAUAUAAAAUAUGUUCAUGCCUUAUCUUAACUAAAAUGUCAAAGUUGUUACAUACCACUUUUCUUACCUAGUCUUAAGAAGAAGACAUGUUAAUACAGAUAUGUAUUUGUAAUAUCUUAUUAUGUAGAAUAAUUUUAGGUUAGGUAAGGUUAUAUUACAUUCUUUUCAAAUUUGAAGAUUUUAUUUCUGUAAUGUAAUAUUUUUAUAGCAUCAACCAUGUGAAAUAAAUAGUUAGAUUAAGUAA